AUGGCUCCGUAUGAAGCACUUUAUGGCCCGAAGUGUAGGUUUUCGAUUUGUUGGGAUGAAGUAGGUGAAAGAAAGAUUUUAGACCCAAUUGUGGUGCUUUGGAUUGAAGAGGCACGAGAAAAGGUGAAGUUAAUAUGCCAAAGGAUUCAGAUAGCUCAGAGCCGUCAAAAGAGUUAUGCAGACAAUCGAAGAAAAGAUUUAGAAUUUUGGAUUGGAGAUCAAGUUUUCCUUAAGAUCACACCUCUAAAGGCAAGUUUGAUGGCGGGAAAAGAAAAGAAGUUGCAAUCUAGAUUUGUCGGACCUUAUAAGAUUCUUCAACGUGUGGGAAACGUGGCUUAUAAGUUGGAACUGCCACCAAGUUUAUCUCGGAUUCAUAAUAUUUUCCACGUAUCUAUACUCAAGAAAUAUCAUCCAGAUCCGUCUCAUGUACUACAACCGGAAAAUAUUGAGAUUGAUGAAGCACUGACUUAUGAGGAGAGACCAGUGAAGCUUCUGGAUCGUAAGGUGAAGGAACUAAGGAAUAAGCGAAUUCCUUUGGUAAAAGUGCUUUGGAAGAACCACGGAGUAGAGGAAGUAACUUGGGAAGUAGAGGAGGAAAUUCAGAAGAAAUAUCUAGACCUAUUUCCAGAUCAAGGUAUGAAUUUUGUGGACGAAAUUCUUUUAAGGAGGUGA